AUGAUUUUACGUGCACCUUGCCGAAACGCUCGUAUUUUGUGGGUUACACAAAUUCAAAAGGCAAUUGACAGUUUCGAAAUUGAUACAUCUCGAAAGAGUGGUGAAUCUUCUAUCGAUGCAGCAGGUCUCGGACGAUUGCUUAUUGAAUUAUCCUUUGUUGGUAAUAUUGAAACCUCUCUCACGUGCGAUAAACAAAUUGUCUGUAGAUUCGAAUUAGGAAAACAUUCAGCAACCGGUGAAGCUAACCUCAAGAAUGAGGAAUGCCUCUUUACAACUCAACUCCCCAUUAUUUCCAUGGAUAGCAUUUUUCACGUAUCAAUAUUUAUUCCAUGUAUCUACUCACCUGAUAUUUGCGCAGGUACAGGUGAAAUCAAAUUAGAAGAUCUCAUAACAGCCACUUCUUCACAUCGUGGACCAAUUUCUCGUCAAUUUUAUCUUGAUGCAAACCACUCCAAUACAGCAAAUCGGCCCUUUGUUAUAAUCAAAUUUGUAGUUCAGUUAUUUUAG